GUAAUUGGUUGCCAUAGCGACGCAAAUCUCUCACGCUAAGCCUAAAACAGAACACUAAACACAGCCCGAUUUGGCAAAUGGUAAAGCGACCGGUCCGCCGCCCUCGAGUGCCGCAUGAGCUCUGACGCCGUCCUUCCUUCUUUUUCUCUUCCGCAUCUUCCUCUCUGCUCUUCUUCUUCUGCUCAGUAUAUACGCUUGAAGAUUUCCUGCUUGCUCGUCUCUGCUUGUGCUUUACAAUUGUGCUUAUAAAAGACUCUUACUCUCGUCCUCGAUCUGUCCUCUUGCUACCGACAGUCAUCUACAAUGUCUUCUUCUCUGAUGAACAUCCAGUCUCUGGAUCAGAAACUUGCUUCUGCCUCUGCCGUCGCCCCUGCCGCUCCAGACAUGCAGCCUCUCCAGGCUACUGAAGGACAGAACGUCCAGCGCCAGAUCUUGCACAACAAGUUCCUCGAGGCUCGCACCAACUUUGCUUCGCCUACCGAUAACCUGAUGUCGCCUUGCACCGCUAAGCUCCAGGCCCACAAGAAGAAGCACUACACAAAGACUAAGCCGCAACUGUUGAGAUUCGGCAACCUUGCCACCUCAACCACCGCCGACAAGGAGAACGCAGCCGAGAAACCCAGCCGUUUCGCCAACUCUGGUGUUUUCGGCUUGUAAUCUCUCUUAUCGUUUCUUUGUUCUUGUUUGCCUGUUCUUUUCGACGGGCAUUUCGCAGUACGCAUCUAUUUAAUUGGGUCCAAAGUAUUUUUUUCCAAUUUUGUAAUUGAAGCAAUUUCAUUUCUUCGCCCGGUCCCUGUUUACAAUAUAGUUUGGGAUUGUGCUUGUUAUCAAUCGUUUCGUGAGGUUUUCUUCUCUUUUCAUUUGCUUGUCUUUGUUCACAUUCUUUCUGCUUUUUGCUUUUCUUUGUUGUUUGUUCUUUUGUACAAUGGCGCAGGAAUUUUACUUCGCGGAGUAUUGCGAAGAGGAAUAAUUGUUUUUUUAUAUAUCUCGAAAGUAUUGUACGCCAGUCGGUCUAUACUGUCUGUGCGUCGUGUGGUGGUUGUGGAGGAGAGGGUUAGCAAGUUUGUGGGGCCGAUUCAUUAGUUUUAAAUACAGUCAAGAAUUUGAAUUGCAU